AUGCCGAUUAUUCGUCUCCUCCUAACUCUCGCUCUUCAUCGUCAAUGGACACUGCACCAGUUAGACGUCUCCAAUGCCUUCCUACACAGAGACUUGCCGGAUGACAUCUACAUGAGGCAGCCUCCUGGAUUUAUCGACUCCAGCAACCCAACGGCAGUCUGCAAACUUCAUAAAUCUCUAUACGGAUUGAAGAAGGCUCCUCGUCAAUGGUUCCAAAAACUUACUUCUUUUCUCCAAUCACAAGGAUUCACCUUCAGCCGCUCGGACCCGUCCUUACUUCUUCUUCACAACGGACAGACUCAGUUAUACAUCUUAAUCUACGUGGAUGACUUUCUCGUUACCGGCAACAACACAACUGCUAUCGACAGACUUCUCCAUCAGCUACAAAACCAAUUCGCUCUCAAACGACUAGGACACAUCUCUCUCUUUCUUGGCAUCCAGGUAACUCAAUCCUCAACCGGAUACUUUCUAUCCCAAGAACACUAUGCUACCAAACUCCUCAAUGAUGCAGGUUUCAAGGACUGCAAGCCGGCCCCGACACCUAUCACGAACAAGACUCGCCCACCGACCGCUCUCAGUCCUCCGUUCUCGGAUCCAUCACUCUACCGCCGUCUCGCGGGAUCACUUCAGUAUCUGUCGAUCACCCGGCCAGACAUUGCCUACGCCACGAAUCGGGUAUGCCAACACAUGCAGUCCCCAACCGAGCAAGACUUCAAAGACCUCAAACGCCUACUUCGAUACAUCAACGGCACAAUCUCUUUCGGUCUGCCCAUAACCAUCGGCAAAUUGGAGCUUCAUUCCUAUUCGGAUGCAGAUUGGGCAUCCGACACAAAUGAUCGAAAGUCUAUUUCAGGAUAUUGCACUUUCAUUGGGUCAAAUCUUCUCUCCUGGACAGUGAAAAAGCAAGUCACGGUGGCCAAAUCUUCGACAGAAGCUGAGUACCGCUCACUCUCAGCUGCGGCAUCCGAUGUACUCUGGCUUCGCCGCUUAGCUUGCGAACUUCAGCUGCCUCAACCCAAUCCCACCGUUAUACAUUGUGACAAUACAUCUGCAAUAGCCAUCGCCAAGAAUCCUGUCUUCCAUGCACGCACAAAACACAUAGAGAUUGACUACCACUUCAUCCGUCAACAAAUUAGCUCCGGGGAGAUCAACCUCGCACACAUACCAUCCAAGGAUCAAGUGGCAGACAUACUGACCAAACCAUUCUCCAUUUCAAGAUUUCAUGAUCUUAGACACAAAUUAACCAUUCGCUCAAAAGAAUGA